AUGUAUAAAUUGUUAAGAAUUACAUGUUGUAGGAUUGUUCUAAAAUUUGAAUGCAUAAAAAUAAAAAAUAUGUUAUUAUUGAGCUUACAAUAAUUGUAAAUAUAUUAGAUGCUCAAUAAAUUCAAAAGUGAUGGUCAAGGGACACUCAUUGAUCAUCGUAUCUCUUGUGAUAGGAUUAGUUGCGAUAAUUUACACAUGUUAUAAUAAGACUAAAAAAUCAAAUUAUGAACUUGCAUAUAGUUAUUUUCCGCAAGGAUAUUAUUUAGGUGCAGGUGAAGAGUCCUAUGCUUUAAUCAACCAAUAUUCUAUUGAUAAUGAAGAAGCUAAUAAAGUUUCUGAAAUUGAAGCUUUGUCAUCACUGAAGGCAGCAAUGGAUUUAAAAGUGCAAGGAAGACUGGAUAGAGCACUUAAAUUAUUUGAGCAUGCUGCAGCAUUGGCACCAAAGCAUCCAGAUGUUUUAACAAAAUAUGGAGAAUUUUUGGAAGAAACAAAAAAAGAUAUUGUUAAAGCAGACCAACUAUAUUUUCAAGCCCUCACAUAUUGUCCCACCCACACUGAUGCAGUUUCAAACCGGCAAAGAACAUCUACAAUAGUAGCAAAUAUAGAUAAUACUCGUCUUGAGAGUAUUGAUAGAAAAAGAGACGCUUUAGCUGCUAUACCUGAAUCUAAUGGAUCAUUAAGAAGGGCAAAGAAGGAAGCAUAUUUUAGUUAUAUUUACCACACAGUUGCUAUUGAAGGUAAUACUAUGACAUUACAACAGACUCGUUCUGUUCUUGAAACAAGAAUGGCAGUCAUGGGAAAAAGUAUAGACGAACACAAUGAGAUAUUGGGUUUAGAUUCUGCCAUGAAGUAUAUAAAUUCAAGUAUACUAAAUAGAAUGGGCGAAAUUACUAUCAAUGACAUUCUGGAAAUACAUCGACGUGUACUUGGUCAUGUAGAUCCAGUGGAGGGUGGAUCUAUGCGUAGAACACAGGUUUAUGUAGGAGGCCACGUACCUCCUUCACCUAGUGAUUUAACAGUACUAAUGUCAAGAUUUGAAAGAUGGUUAAAUUCUCAACGGGAGUCUGAAUCUGUGCAUCCUGUCAGGCUUGCAGCUCUUGCUCACUACAAACUAGUUCACAUACAUCCAUUCACUGAUGGAAAUGGUCGUACCUCACGAUUGCUGAUGAAUGUAAUUCUGAUGCAAGCUGGUUAUCCACCUGUUAUUAUAUUGAAACAGCACAGGCACUUAUACUAUGAAACGUUGCGCAUAGCCAAUGAAGGCGACGUCAGACCUUUUGUCCGAUUUAUUGCUGAAUGCACUGAAAAUACAUUGGAUUUAUUCUUGUGGGCUACUAGCGAAUUUUCUAAUAAAAUCCCAGCUUUAGCACAAGAGUUUUCCAGCACAACCGAUUCUUUAGAGUUACAUGAAGGGAGUGCAGAUUUUUAUGAAGAAACUAAUGGAAACAGUUGACGAUAAAUAAAAAAUAUUAGAUCAAUUAUUAAGGAAAUAUUUUGAUUGUGAUUUUAUGUAAAUAUUAUAUUUAUGUUAGAUUUUAUUUAUUUACUUUUAUAAUGUGAUGUUACCAUGU